UGGUUGUACUGUAUUAGAAUGCGAUGAUGCUGCUCAGUAGAAGGAAGCGGCCCAGGGAGGGGGCUCCGGGCUAGUCAGGCGGGGCCUGCUAUAGUAUCAGUGCAGUGUAUGUGUGUGCUGGGGAGAGUCCGGGGAGAGGCGACGCCACUUUAGCAUUGAGCCCAUCAGACAGGCGGGGGCGGGGGCCUAAUGUCACGGCUGUCUAUGUGUGUGCACUGUGUAGUCAGACGAGGAUCGGAGCACCUUCUUCACCCGGGGAUCUGCCGCAUUCUUAUUUCAUAUGCUGGAAAAAGAACAACCAUGGGGCUGCUGUGCUGACACCAUUCCAAGCAUCAAAACAUCAAGAGUCUUGGAACUAACUGCAUAAAUGAACAGAGUACUCAUUCACAUCAGCUCCAGAUGACUUACAACUAAUAAAGAUGUCUACAGCAGCGGAAAAUGGAAAUGCAACAGGCGAAAAAACAAAUGGAGAGAAAACCUACAAAAAGACAGCAUCAUCAGCAAUUAAGGACACAAUUCAGUUGGGAAUACACUACACGGUCGGUAAUCUUACAUCCAAACCUGACAGAGAUGUGCUUAUGCAAGACUUUUAUGUAGUGGAGAGCGUCUUUUUACCCAGAGAAGGAAGCAAUUUAACCCCAGCUCAUCGAUAUCCUGACUUCAGAUUUAAGACAUAUGCUCCAUUAGCAUUCCGGUACUUCAGAGAGCUUUUUGGCAUCAAACCUGAUGAUUACUUGUAUUCACUGUGCAGUCAGUCUUUGAUUGAGCUGUCCAACCCAGGUGCAAGCGGCUCCAUCUUCUAUGUAACCAGGGAUGAUGAAUUUAUCAUCAAAACUGUACAGCACAAGGAGGCAGAGUUUCUUCAGAAAUUGCUUCCUGGAUACUACAUGAACUUGAAUCAAAAUCCCCGAACCUUGCUGCCCAAAUUUUAUGGACUAUACUGUCUGCAGUCUGGAGGAAUAAAUAUUCGACUUGUUGUAAUGAACAAUGUACUGCCACGGUCCCUGAAAAUGCAUUAUACAUAUGACCUCAAAGGUUCCACAUAUAAGCGGAGAGCAUCUCGAAAAGAACGGGAGAAAUCUUCCCCCACAUACAAAGACCUGGAUUUUAUGCAAGAAAUGCCUGAAGGAAUAUAUUUUGAUCCUGAGACAUACCUGGCAUUGAUGAAAACACUACAGAGAGACUGUCGUGUACUAGAAAGUUUCAAAAUCAUGGACUACAGCCUACUACUGGGAAUUCAUGUGCUCGACCAUGCAUCCAAAGACAAGGAAGGAGAGACAUCUCAGUAUUCCAUAGACAACAAGCGACCGUCAGUGCAAAAAGUGCUGUAUUCCACUGCACUGGAGUCUAUACAAGGACCAGGGAAAGCUGUGGACACUGUCAUUAGUGAGGACACGAUGGGUGGCAUUCCCGCGAAAAACCACAAGGGCGAGCAGGUCCUCCUUUUCAUGGGCAUCAUUGACAUUCUACAGUCCUAUAGGUUGAUGAAAAAGUUAGAACAUUCGUGGAAAGCGUUAGUUUAUGAUGGGGACACAGUGUCAGUCCACAGGCCAAGUUUCUAUGCAGGCAGGUUUCUGAAGUUUAUGAAUUCCAAGGUCUUCAAAAAGGUCCAAGCUUUAAAGUCUUCACCUUCCAAACGACGGUGCAAUUCAAUUCCAGCUCUGAAGUCUUCGUCGCAGGAAAUACUAUCUCCCAGCAAUCAAGAAUGGUCAGAAGACAAAAACCUAAAAUUAGCAGAGGGUCAGAGCUUCACCAGUCUGGAUGAGGAGGCAUUAAAUUCAAGACAUCGGCCUGACCUUGUGCCAAACACCCCUUCCUUGUUUGAAGCUGCUUCCUUAGCAACAACUAUAUCCUCUUCCUCGUUAUACGCUGAUGAUCAGUAUCACCAUGAAGAUACGAUUCACUAUUCCAGCAGAAGGGGUUUACCAUCAAGUUCAACAUUCACACUUGAAGACAGUGCAUACCAGACAUCUGAACAGAGCACGUUAGAAAUGGACAAUGACAAUAGUUCCAUCUUUGAUGUCUACUUAUAAAUUAUACAUAGGAGAAGAAGGAUCUGCACUGCAAGGACCUACGUGCACAGAAGAAAUGGUGG